AUGCUCUCCGAAUCAUUUAUCGCGUCGACGCUGUCUUCUGCGAAAACCCCGACGGCCACGUUACGCGAUGUGGGAAUUUGUCUGCAAGAAUUCCAGCCUUCCCCUCAGCUUCGGUCCACGUUCAAGAAAAGCUCCACUUCAACCAAUUGCCUGGCUGUGACUCCGUCACAUAUUUUCUCCGCCCAGGCGGACAAGGCUGUGGUCCAUGUCUACAGUCGCGAAAAGGGCAACCAAGAAGCGCUGGUGCCAUUCCCGGAGCGAAUUCGCAGCAUCGCGGUCGCCGAUGCCAAGUAUGGGGAUGUGCUGAUCCUGGGAACUGAGGGUGGUCGAUUGAUUCUGUGGGAGACAUGCACGGGACGUCAAUUGGCAACGACUGCUUCCCAUCUUCAGCCGGUCACUUCAAUUGUGGUGGAUCCCACCUCCAAUUUUAUUCUCUCCGGCUCCGACGAUGCGAGCAUCCAUGUGUGGUCUAUCCCGAAUAUCUUGUCUUUCUCCAAGCCAGCCCACGGUGCCCGGGACCGCCAACCGCCAAAUGCGCCCAUUCGCACAUUUUCCAACCAUCGUGCCGCCAUCACCUCGCUGGCUGUGGGACACAGUGCAGGCCGACACAAUAUUGCCUUAUCCACCGCCAAGGAUAACACGGCCAUCGCCUGGGACUACCAAACAGGACAAGUCCUCCGCACAUAUCUUCUCCCUUUCUCUGCGACAUGCGUGACUUUGGAUCCCGUCGACCGGGCCUUCUACGUGGGAUAUGAAGACGGAAGCGCUCAGUCGGUAGAUCUUUACCGGACCAACUCAAUUCAACAUCCUCUGCAUGAUCCCUCGCUUCAGGCAACGCCCGCUCAGGUUUCCGCUGAAGACCGAUGGCUUCCUCCCACUGCGGAUUCUGGCGCUGUCAAGGCCGUUGCUCUUUCUUACGACGGCACGGUCUUACUAUCUGCCCAUGAGAGCGGCAAAGUCCUAUCAUGGAACAUCGCGCGUCGGAAAUUCACAGCCAGCGUCGCCGACUAUACUCAUCCUGUCACCAAUCUGGUCAUGUUGCCCCCCAGUGGCUUAUCCUCCCCAUCACAAAACCUCAAUCGGGUCACACAUACCAUCGUCAAGCCACGCAUUGACAAUUCUUUCGCCGGUCCAGCACAUGCGCCUGGGGCAGUCCCUGCCGAAUACAAGUUCCACACACACAUUCUCGCAUCUUCUACUUCCUCCAAAUCACCUAAGUCUUUUUUUUCUUUCUCUCAGGCUCUUACCCAUGCCUACUUCCCCGAUUCGAUGAUCGAGGAAGGUCUAGCCGAGCUUGCUGCGUUGCGCCAACCCGAUGCCUCAAACGUAAUUCGAGUCACAUCUGCCACUGCUUCUGCGAGCAAUUCGGCACCCAUUCCCAUGGAAGAGGACAGCCGAGUUGCAGAUCUUGAGGAACAGGUAGCCAUGCUCCAGAAAAAGCUUGCGCUCAACGACACCGCGCGCCACACAAACGCAAGCGAGGUUGUCCAGCUGCGCUCCAACGUGGCCCAAUUACAGGAUUAUAUCAGUGAGCUUCAUGAGAAGCAGGAGGCGGCCCAUGCGGACAAAGUGAAGCGGCAAGUGAGGAAAGAGGAGCGCGAGACCAAGCGCCGAGAGGCUUGGCUUGCUGCGGAGAAAAAAGGCCGCAACGGUGACGCAGUGAUGAAGAAGAUGGAAAUUGAUGAGGGCUCGCUGACCAGUGAUUCUGACGAGCAAAGUGAUGAGUGA